AUGAUCGGCUACAGCAGUGAAAAAUGUGAUGCGCUACACACUGAUGGAGCGGACGUGAGCAGAACGAUGGUGGCCAGGCUCCGACUGGGGCUGCUGCUUCUGGUGCUGCUCUUACCUAUGCAGAUUUAUUCAAAUCAAACAAUUGUUGUAACACCUUCAAGUAACCCCUCCCAGAAUAUCUCAGCUGCCCCCAAUCCAGCCAAUGCCACCAUCAUGUCAAGUGAUGAUGCUCCACAGUCAACAGCCAGUCUCUUCAUGAUCUCGGUCUCCCUUCUACAUCUCUGCUGUUAAGAGACUCAGGGCAAGAAGCAUCUAUACAUCCCCAUCUUCUAAACCCAGUUCAAAAGGCCUCUAGACAUCUAAUGUGACAAGGAAAACAACAACAACCAGGGCUUCAUUGAAUUAAUCUGCUGAUUUCACACCUUAUUUUAUUGACAGAAAUUGUUGAGGAUCCCACAUUUGAUUGGUUUGAAGAGCAUGUGAAGGGUUUGACUAGAUGAUGAAUGCCAAUAUUAAAGCUGCUGGAGUUUCCUGUACAAGAUGAAGAGAGACAAUAUCCAAAAUUAGUUGAGAUGAUUUUCUUAAAUGUGGCUUAAGAAGUAUGGGCACAUAAAACUCUACCUUGAAAAUGAGAAUAGAUUUUAUCUUACUUAGAGAUAAAGAUUAAGAUGUAGAACAAAGAUUCAGUUUUCAUUUGGUGCAUUAAAUUUAUAAGGCCAUAAAACAAUUGGAUAAAACAGAAAGCUUCCAUGAUUCUCUUUAUACAUACAUUAGAAGGAACUUCCAGGUGUUACUGCAAAUCCUCCAUGUGUUGUUUCAGCAUUACUAACUUAAUGCCGAUGUACUCUAAAUAAAAUUUUAUGUUAAGCUAUCACUGUUCUCUUGGGAACUGAACUCUUUCUUCUGGGGCUUUGUGUUUGACAUUGAAUUUGGAUUAUUAUUUCUUUUUGCGGUACGCGGGCCUCUCACUGUUGUGGCCUCUCCCAUUGCGGAGCACAGGCUCUGGACGUGCAGACUCAGCGGCCAUGGCUCACGGGCCUAGCCGCUCUGUGGCAUGUGGGAUCUUCCCGGACCGGGGCACAAACCCGUGUCCCCUGAGUCGGCAGGUGGACUCUCAACCACUGCGCCACCAGGGAAGCCCCAAAUUUGGAUUUUUAUAUAGCCAUUGACAUGUGCCAGCUCAACGAUGGAUUGGAAUCUACCCCAAAUCCAAGCAUAAUGAGUACAUUUUGCUUAUAUACUUAUCAACUAUUCUUAUUCAAAAAGAGUGCUAGAUUCAUUUAGCUAGACAGAUAACAAAGAGUAGAAGUAUAUUAAUCUCAACUAAUUUCAAAAUGCUUUUUAUUUCUGCAUAGGUUGAAUAAUUUUUACAAUUUAAAAAAUGGUCUGUUUUGAAGGUAAAAUUGACAAAUCUUGAAAUUAAAAAGGUAAAUAUGUGAAGGAACCAAACUGUAAAUCAAAUAUUCGAGAACUGAAGACUGGAAGCUUGCUUACAUUAAAUUCAGAAAAAAAAUUAUACUCUUUUCUGUAAAUACUUCCUUUUAAACUGAAUCAGAAUGGCCAUAUUUGGAACACUUUCUGUUGUCAUUCAAUAUUUUUAGACAGUUGGAACCCGGUCUUAAGCCUAAAGUGGGCUUGAUUUUGGAAAGUAAAACUUUUCACAACUGCUUUGAUGCACAGAAACCUUUUUAAAAGUAGCCAUUCCCUAAAGUCUUUUGUUCACAUGGUCACACAAUGAUGCUUAGAUGUUCCAAAAUCUAAUAUGGUCACAGUUAACCAAAGUCAUAUUUUUCCAUCUUUAAAAACCUACAUUGGAAUAACCAUAUCCAACAGAUCUCAAGCUACUGUGUGUGUGAAUGAACAUUCUCUUUUGUUUCAUACCUGAAUGCUGUAUCUCUAUUUUGGAUUGUAUAUUGUUUUUUAUUGUAUUUAUGCUUUGAUUUAUAGUAACUUCUCAUGUUAUGGAAUUGAUAUUGUAUUAAACAUAAACUGUAAAUAAAAAGAAGUGGCUGAAAGAGCAAAAAAAUCAA